AUGCCCUUCGAUGGCCGAAUACGUGAGUUUCCCUUGUUGGGCGUCGAUAAGUUCAAUACGAGCUGCUCAUCUUUCCUUCUAACACAUUGCCAUGCCGACCACUUGGUGGGACUUCUUCUGCGGUCGUUUGGUGGCCUAGUGUACUGCUCUGAGGAUACGAAGAGAUUACUACUGUUGAAGAAGGAGUAUCAACGCGUUUUACCGCUUCUAGAGACCAAGAAGUAUCAUGAACCUUUUGAGGUGGUGCUUGCGCCGUUGGGCUCGUCUCAUGAUUCAGAAUAUCAUACUGUGACGGUCACAGUGACGUUACUUCCGGCUUAUCACUGCUUAGGUGCAACUAUGUUCUUGGUUGAAUCUGAAACGAAAAGUGUGCUUUGUACGGGCGACGUGAGAGCAGAGGAUUGGUGGAGAGCUUCUUUGAAUACUUUUCCUGCUUUGUUUCCCUACUUGAAUGGGUGCAAGACUUUGGAUAAUAUCUAUGCUGACAUGACCUUCUCGUACCGUGGAGAGCCAUACAUUGAGAUUCCACCUAACAAUGCGGGUAUUCACACGGCUAUUCGGCUUCUAGAGGAGUUCCCUAGAGAUCCAGAAAUCGUCUAUUCAUUUCAUGAUACCACCUUAGGGUUUGACCAGUCUUGGGCUUUUAUUGCCAGCUACUUUAGAGCAGCUCUUCAUGUUUGCGACCCUACGCUACGGAAUCAAAUUGAAAUAGUGGCCAAAUCAGAUACUGUCAAUGGCCCUAGUUUGGCGGCAGCUAUGGCACGUUAUAACCAAAAGAACACUAAAAGAGGCAUCUUCCAUGUAUGUCCUAAAGGAUGCUCAGAUGUCGAUUCACUUUCAGAGGAACCGUACGUUGUGAAGAUAAAACAAUGCAUUAAUUUUAAUAUAAUGGACUUGACAGGGGCAUGCUUCCCGCUUCUGCUCGAGUCUCUUAGAGUGGAUGAAAAGGCAAAUUUAAAGAUGCUCAGACAAACCAAGCUAGGCACCAGAAUCUACAAUCUACGGGAUCGCGAGUGGGUGCUUCCCAAAGACGGCACUGAACUAUUGCCUGCUGAUAUAAAGCUCAUAUUUUCGAGACAUUCCUCGUUUACUGAAACAGCUAGGCUUGUUUCGAUGUUCAGACCUAAACAGGUUUACCCCACAGAAGACCAAGGCUCUUGGCUAAAUGGCUUUAUGAUGAGUCGUCUAUUUGGCGAGUUCUGCCUGGGUCAAGAGUUUACCUUUGACAAAGAACAGCAAUCGCUUUAUGGGAAGCUACCCCCACAAGACAUUAUAGAUAGACCAGUUGCUACCGUUGAUCGCUGGAACGUGGAUGAAUGUAAGGAAGAAGAGAAGUUUGUGGAAGAAGUGAGCAAAGAAGAAAGUGUUGCACUAAUCAAUAUUCGAAAAGUUGUCCAAGCAUCUGCAUUCAUGAACAAGCGUUCUGCCGAAGACCAAGACUUCGUCAAUAAGCGCAAAAAGGAUUUCAAACUCCAGAAAAUUACCGAAGGUCGUCGUGAUAUUUCAUACAGAAAAUUCAUCGAGGAGCAGCAGCAAAAAUACUACAAGAAGCACAAUCUUCCUGGCUACAAGAGAGACUACGAGUCAGCAAAAUACCAGCGCAAAUUCGACUCCACUUUGGGAGGCUCUAGUGAUUAUGAUACAGAUAGUUGUUCUAGUCUGUCAGACAUAUUCCGUAUGAAACGUCCAGCUGUGAAUGAAAGUCCAGCGAGAAAGGUUUCCCAUGAUUCAAGCGUCGUGGAUGAGACUCAGCCUUCACAACCACCGCAAGCAAGAUGGAAAGCCAAACAGGGAUCUUUCGUGGCAUCUUCUUUCAACACUUAUGAGGAGUCCUUGCGGCCCAAGGAAGCUGUCCUGCUUUCACAAUCUUGUUCUCAAACAAGCAUCCUUUUCCGGUCCAAAUCGACCACUAUUCUCGAAGACUUAUCGAGGACCCAAUGGCCUGGGGCAGCAUGA